AUUAAGGACUGUAACUAAGUAAGUAAUCAUUCGCAAGUCAUGGAGGUCGACGGUCUGACGUAUUGUUUUGAUAAUCUUUACAAAAUACUGUCUUACUGGGGCGUAAUUUCGUUUGGACUUAAAACCACACAACAGAACACCAAUACAACUUCAAAACGUUCAAUUUUAGCAUGGAGCAUACGUUGUCUAUUAAUUUCCGGCUUUCUAAGUGGUGUGUUAAUCAAACGCUUGGAUCCGGAAAUGUCUUACGCUAUGUUUAAUGAUAUCUCGCCUGUGGUCAAAGUGAUAUUUUCAUGGGAGUAUCUGAGCUGUAUAAUAACCUACGUUGAAUAUUGCUUAUCGAUGGACUUUCGACACCAUAGACAUAUUAAGUUUGUACACAAACUUCAAGAAUUAGAUUUGCCAAUCUUUCAGGAGUUCCCCCAAGUGAAAUGGAACUAUCAGAGGACUCAAUUAAAGUAUUGGUACGGCACUAUCUUAGUGGGAAUAUGCUACUUCACCUUGUCUAUAUCGUUGAUAUUUGAUUUGACUAAAUGUUCGUGUGGAGUUUUAUCCACUUUACUAAUAGCAACGUGUUAUAGUCUUAUUACCAGUUCUUUGGGGUUAUUGGGAAUCGUUCACAUAGCCAUUAUGGAUUAUUUACGCCUGCGGUUUCGUCUUGCCCAGAAAUUAAUCAAACAAACGUACCAAGCGCAUACGAAUAAGACUGCAACCGAUACGCAUUUUAAAAUAUUAAUUUUGAUGAAAUUCAAUCAAGGGGUUUCCGAUUUGGUAAUCAAAUUAAACGAAGUUUUUAGUUUUGUAGCAGCAGCUGGCAUAUUCUAUGAGUUUACUCUAAUGAUAUGUUUUGUCUAUGUGGUCUGCCAAAAGAUUAUUGCAAAGCAGUUCUGGGAUGCAGAAUACGCUCUUAUGAUUUUACAUUUGUCUUUACACUCAUACAAAGUCAUAGUAGCGUGCGCUUAUGGUUAUUUACUUAAGCGGGAGAAAGCCAACUGUAUGCAUCUUUUGAGCCAACUUGAUAUAAACUUUGAACAAAACCUUUUGGUACGCAGUCACGCGGAAAUUAUCCAACACUGGCAACUUCACAAUAAUCAUAUAAGGGCCAUCAUUGGAAGCACACUGCCCUGUAACAUUUAUAUGAUCUACAUAGUGUACAAUGGCAUAGCGAAUUACGUGAUUAUUCUCGUCCAAUUACUAUUUCAGCAACUGCAAAUAAAUGAACAAAUUAUUUUGAAUCAAGAAGUGGAAAUAAUAAAGCCUUUGGACCCUAUAACACAUCAAGCCGUUAAUUUAUAAAAAAAAAAAAAAUAAUUAAAAAACAUUUUCUUUGAGUCCCAAUGCUUUUCCAAAGUUUAUUUUCA